AGAGGGCGGUGGCAGCACUGGGGCAGGAGGCAGGAGGAGGAGGCGGCCGCUGGCAACACUGUGCUAUUAAACGUAUGGAUGUCAGCGUCGGCGGCGACUAGCGUCUCCCUCACAUAUAUAACCAUCUCGUCUGUAACAGAUGAGAAGUGUUUGCCAACAUGGGUGAUGGAAUGUUAUCGUUGUCGUGGAAUAACCACCGAGCCACAUUUUGUCACAUCCUUGCAACACUUAGGGAAAAGGAGAGAUACACAGAUGUGACCCUGGCAUGCGAGGGCAAGUUUUAUCCAGUUCAUAAGCUGGUGUUAUCAACAUGUAGCGAGUACUUUGAAAGUAUGUUCGAACAAACGCCUUGUAAACAUCCCAUUGUAGUGUUGAAAGACGUUAAACCCGAAGAACUUGAAGCUCUGUUGAGCUAUAUGUACGCUGGUGUAGUGAACGUGGCACAAAAUGACUUGGCUAGAUUGAUAAAAGUGGCUGAAUUACUAAAAAUAAAGGGACUGGCUGUACCAGAUGAGCCACCACCUCAGGAAGUUGAAGCCAAGAAGACACACACGCCUCCGUGGAGUUGCCGCGACGAUAGGACGAGUCCUCAUCCCAAGAGGAGGAGAAAAGAGAGUGGGACACCUCAGGGGGAAACACAAGCUUCAAACAGUCCUACUUCACCACAAGCCUCGCCUCAUCAUGUAGAAAGUGACCAUAACCAAGACAAUUCUAGAACUCCUAGUGAAAGUCAUGUUAGUGAACACAGAAUAGAUGUCUCGGAAAGAAUAGAACAGAGACAAGACAUGAGUUCAGACCAAAAUGUAGACUGUCAAACUAAACAAGGAUCACCUCUUCAGGUGAUGAUAGAUGAAACACUAGUCAAAGAGGAGAUUGUGGAUUCAUUAGAUGACAGUCGGGAUAAUAUGUUAGACUCUGCAUUAGAUUAUGGUUCGUUAAGUGCCGAUUCGAGAGUGGAAAACUCGACUGGUGACAAUUCAGCACCAGAUCAUCACAGUCAAAUGUUGCCAAAUAAGUAUGACCAAUCUCUUGUGUCCUCCCAGCCGCAUCUGCCGGAUGCGGUCGUGGAAGCUCUAGCGGGGCCAUCGGGGAUGCAAGGGUGGCUUGGGGGUAAUGAGCUAAGUGGAGGGUUUUCAGCAGUGGACAGCUACAGUGGGGAAGGGAGACAUCAGGACUUGCGACAAUCUCUCCCCGGCCAGCAGCCUCAAGGACACCAACUGGUGGUGCUGAGCCAUACUGGUCAGAGGGUCAGCAGUGGAGGAGCCAUGGGACUUAUGAAGGGACAUCUCAACAGGAAGAUUCACAAGUGUUCCUACUGUCCUUACACCACCCAUUGUAUCAUAAAUUACAAAAGACACAUCUCCGUCCACACGGGCGAGAAGCCAUAUGCCGCAAUAACUGCUCUAACAGAUCUAAUCCAAAUGAUAUGAUUUGCAGUGGCACAUUGAGAUAUAAAAGUAUUUAGAAACUAUUUUCAUUAAAAAGUCUCUCUGGAAUUAAGACAAGGCUUUUGUUAUACAGGUAUAAUUUAAUGUCUUUUUCAUUUCAAGGGGCACUUCUUUUGUUUGUGUCACUGUGUGUGCUAGAAAUGCAGUGGAUUUGAAUAAUUAUUUAAUGGUAAGUUUAUAUCAUUCAAAUCCUGUUUGUAAAAUACACUACCCUUCAAUCAUUCAUUUAUUUCAAAUUGAUUUGUUAACUUUUUAAUUUAGAAUUUUUAUUUCCCGUUAAAAUUACCAACUGUAAAAAUCUGUUGUUCUACCUAUUGAUAUAUUCCUAUUGUACAGUAUAGUAUACCUAUAUAAAGUUAAUCUAUUUUAUACUGUAUAUAUUUUGAAUCAGUCACUGGGCUUAUAGAUAUGCAAAUAUGCAGAGGCAGUUAUGAUUUAUGAUAAAAUAAUGAAUUUUAUGUGGAAACUGUGCAGGCAGCUUCGUAAGAUCAGACAGUCACUAACAUUUAGUUGAUUUGUGCAAUUGCUAUAGUUUUAAAUCAUAUAAAGAAUUAACUACCGGGUAUUUGUCUAUUUUGUGAUGAUACUGAAUUUAUCGUACCCUCCAGCUAAUCGUAAUUUGAAUGCACAAGUUAAGAAGUAAAUUCAUUUUAACUAUUGUUCUGAUAUGAACAUUUUAUUUAAAAAUAUAUUUUGAGAUUUAGAAAGUUAUUGAUUUACAGACUUUUUAAGGGUAAUUGUGAAAUUUAAAUUGAAAUUCCAUAUUAAAAACAAUCGUGAUUAAUUUGAAUAUUGAAGAUUUGUAGUCUAUCUUCUUGAAACUUAGUUUGGUUAGUAUAUGUGUUAUGAAUUCAUAUAACAUAUAUCAGUUUUCCCAAUGAAAUCACACUAAAGUGAUAUAUAUUAGUGAGAAAAUCAACUUGAGCUCUGAGGUGACUCAAACCAAUGACCCAGCCACUCACCUUACCACUGUGCCACCCAGACUUGAUGAAAUUAUACAUCUGGGGUUCCACUGAAACCUCUGGAAAGUCUGGAGGCUUCUACUGAAGCCAGUCCAAGUUUUACAUAUAAUGCCCAAGCACUCGAGUGCUGGUAAAGUAGUUCAUUCAUCACAUCCCCCACCUUCAGAUAUAAUACACAAUGAAGUCACACUAAUGUGGUAUAUAUCAAUGAAAACAUCAACUGAGGUUCUCCUGUGACUUGAACCCAUGACCAAGACACUCUCGGCCUCUCACCCUACCACGGUACCACCCUGAUGUGGUAAAAGUUAUACAACCGGGAUUCCACCAGAACCUCUGGAAAUCUGGAAGUUCUACUGAAGCCAGUCCUGGUCUCUGGACUGGAUUUACCAAGACCCGAGAGUUUGAGGCUUAUACGUAAAACUUGGACUGGCUCCAGUAGAAGCCUCCUGACUUUCAGAGGUUCCAGUGGAAUCCCAGUUGUACUGUAUAAAUAUUACAAGUUGUGGGUGGUACAGUGGUAAGGUGCGACUGGGCGUGCCUUGGUUGCGGGUUAUUGUCACCUCAGAGAUCCAGUUAGUUUUCUCAUAUGUCAGUUUCAAUGUGGAAAAUUUAAGCAUUUUUCAGUUUUAAUUUUAAUCCAUUGGAUGCUUUGGUGUCAAUAUGCAUUCCUUGCCCUCGGUCCAGGGAUCUUGCUCAGCAGAUCAAGUUGAGCAGGAAGUAAAAGCAUUAUUUGGCAUCAGCAUUAUGUAGGUUGAUCCUUAUGAAGAACAAAAUAACAAUUGGUUUCUAGUACUGCAGGUCAUUAGCCCUGUGUUGUAGUCUAAUUUUUUUUUUCCAAUACACAUCUAUAAUGAAGCCCAGUAUUUUAAUUUGUAAUUAAAAUUAUAUUAAAAUAAAAUUCAUUCAUUUAGUACAAUAAUUUAUAAUAUUGUGCUAAAUGAAUGAGAUCAUAUAAUGUUGUACUGUAUUGUGUUUGACAAAUGUAAUUUAAACAUAAUAUUUAUAUUUUAAGUAUUGUUUUGUCAUGUAAUUUGUUCAAAAUUCCUCUUGUAUCAAAACAUUUUAAACAACUUAGACUUAUUCUCUACAAUGCACUACUUAAAUGUACAUAAUAAUAAUAAUGAGCUAUAAGCUCAUUGUAGCCUAUAUGCAUUAAGCUAUCUAUUAAGAUGCAAACAUAUUCUCUACCCUCCCCCCUAUUCUUAUACACCAGAUGUAGCUUAAAAUGGGCCUUAUCAUCUUACUAUAUGUCACAUUAAUUCCCUCUCUGCUGACUAAACUAUUAGACUGAAAAUCCUGGCAGUUUAAAAUAGGAUAGAAAGUCAUAGUAAAAUGUGUAUAUUAUUAUUAUUAUAUAUAACAUAUAUAUUAUUUUCAUGAAGUGUAUAAGUAUUGAUAUAGGUAGUGGUACAUACAGUACAGUAUAUUGUUAGCCACUACCACUCCAUGUCAUUAUGUAGUAGUAUGUUGUGAAUGUAGAUAUCCGAGAAUUUCUCUACACACGGGAGGGGUGCAACCUAAUGAUAGCUAUGUGGAUGUCAUGCUGGGUUACAACAUUAUUCUGUAGUUAAGGUGUAUGACCAGAUAUGCCUGACCUUGUUCCUCAGUGUAUGAUUGGGUGUGUAAUUAAGGUGUAUGACCAGGUAUGCCUGACCUUGUUCCUCAGUGUAUGACUGGGUGUGUAUGACCAGGUAUGCCAGACCAAACCUAACCUACCUAGCCAAACCAAUUUAGUAACUACUCGACCACUAGACAAAUAUAAAAAAAUUGUGUUUUAUUAAUAUUAAAUAGUUAAAAAAAUACACUCAACCAUCCAACACUAUAAGUGUUUGAUGGUUCUGAAACCCUGCAUGCUUCCAACACCCAGCAACACUUGAGGAGAAUUUUUAGGCAAAGAUAUUUCAUCAAAUCUUUGAACUUGUUGAGAAUCACAAAUGAGAUCAAUGGCUCUUAACAUGAAUGCACUUUAUAUUUCUUAUGUUCUUCACUUGAGAAGGAAGUUGAAAAAUAAACUCUGAAGUUAAUGUUACAGUUUUAUUAUGGUCUGACAGUAAGAGACGUGUUUUGUUGACCUUGUCAACAUUGUCAAAAGCAGAAUACAAGUGAAUACAAUCUAGCUGGUGCAACCAAAUACUGUAUAUAACCGAGGGUGAGGUGAAGGGAAAUGUCGCAGUGGCCAAUAGGGCCACUGCAGCUUAUCAUGUCCUAUGUCCCCAUAUUGACUGGGACAGUAUGCACUCUUGGUCUCAAAGAUGCUAGAAUGUAAUGGAGUGUUAGCUAGUUGUUUAUUGUUGGGUGAGUUUGUUUGAUGUGUAGUGUUUCACAAUGCUGUCUGUUGCCCCAGCCAACAUUGCAACACAGCAGAUGGGUAAGCUGCAGUGGCCCUAUUGGCUUGUGCCACAUUUCACUUCACCUCACCCUCGGUUAUACUGUAUAGUAGAUUGCACCAGCUAGAUUGUAUUCAUAUCUACUGUCUUUUGAAAAUGCUGACAGGGCCAAUGAAACACAUCUCUUAUUGUCAGACCAUAAUAAAACUGUAAGCUGAACUUUGGAGAGUUAAUUUCUCAACUUCUUUCACAAGUGAAGAACAUUAGAAAUACUAGUAUAGAGAAGAUUCAUGCUUGAAUUAUUGAUCUCACUCUUACUAUCAUAUUCAAAAACAUAUUUCAACAAGAAAGACUGCUAGCAAUAUACAGUAUAUAUAUAUACAAUAUAUAUAUUGGUGUGUGUAAAUCACGAAAAUUAACACAUGAUGAAAAAUGUGACAGUGUCAGACCAUGGAGGAAGAAUUGAAACAGAAAAUUCCUUAAGUACUUUCGUAUAUUAAUACAUCUUCAGAAUGAAUGAAGAAGAGAGAGAGAUAAGAGAGAAAAAAGCAUAUCUGUGUCUUCUAACCCACGACGGGCUCUUACCAGCCCUAUCCAAAAAAACCUACAUUACGUCCUCCUUUGAUGGGGUGAUAGACAGCCGAAAGGUCUUAAUAAAACUUAUCUUUUCAUAUAUUAAUACAUUCCUUCUGAAGAUGUACUGUAUUAAUAUACGAAAGUACUUGAGGAAAUUCCUGUUUCAAUUCUUCCUCCGUGGUCUGACAAUGUCAUA